CUGGCUCGAUCGUUGCCCGCUCGACCAAUCUCGCAGCCUUCCCCGAAUUGAAACCACCGCGUCGUUCCGUUGCCAUCUUUUGAUCAUUCGAGGACGGUGGUGUUCUAGGGUUUUGUUCGUGUGCUUUUGGUCGAUGAGGUUGAACGGAGAAGUCUCGUGCAUCCGACAUGAGGAGGAGGAGCAGGAGGAGGAAGCCGAAGAGAGGGUUCCCCUUACGUUGCUCGCGCCUCCGCCGUCGCAGAAACUUGUCGUGGGUUACGCUCUGACGUCGAAGAAGGUCAAGAGUUUUUUGCAGCCUAAGCUGGAAGGAUUGGCGAGGAAGAAGGGAAUUAUAUUUGUUGCCAUUGACCACUGCCAACCACUUGGAAAUCAAGGCCCUUUUGACAUUGUUCUCCACAAGUUGACUGGAAAAGAGUGGCAACAACUCCUAGAGGAUUACUGGGAAAAACAUCCAGAAGUUACUGUACUUGAUCCACCAGCUGCAAUAAAACAUUUGCGUAAUCGCCAAUCGAUGCUCCAAGAUGUGGCUGAUCUGAAUCUGUCGGACUGCUAUGGCAAAGUUGGCAUUCCUAGGCAACUUAUCAUCACAAAAGAUCCUUCAUCAAUUCCAGAUGCUGUUAACAAGGCUGGGCUAAGUCUACCAUUAGUUGUCAAGCCUUUAGUAGCCGAUGGAAGUGCAAAAUCACAUGAACUAUCACUUGCCUAUGACGAAGUAUCCUUGUCAAAACUUGACCCUCCUUUGGUUCUCCAAGAAUUUGUUAACCAUGGUGGGGUCCUCUUUAAGGUCUAUAUCGUUGGGGAGACAAUAAAGUUUCCAAGAGUUUCUUGUGCUGCUGCAUCUGCAGAUGACGCAGAAUUGGACCCUGGUGUUGCUGAACUUCCUCCAAGACCUUUGCUUGAGAACCUAUGUAGGGAGCUCCGUCAUAGACUGGGCCUUCGAUUAUUCAACAUAGAUAUAAUUAGAGAGCAUGGAACUAAAGGCCGAUUUUAUGUCAUUGAUAUCAAUUAUUUUCCUGGCUAUAGUAAAAUGUCUGGCUAUGAACACAUAUUCACUGAUUUCCUCCUCAGCCUGGUACAAAGCAAGCUCAAAAGGUGACUUCCUAGCUGUUAACUAAAUAUAGUGACUUUCAAUAACGUUUCACGGCACGAGAGGGACUAAACCACAACUGAAAUUCUCAAAGCACAUACACAGUUUGCAACCUUAGCAAAUGGCACUGCACAAACAAGUGCUGCUUUCUUCUACUGCCCGUUACUAACGAGUCUUUCAUAUAGUCAAACGCGUGCUGUCUUCUUUUAUGUUCUGUGUUUGUAACAUCCUUCAUUGUUUAGUGGAUGGCCAAAUCUAAUUGUCUUGGCGGUGUGAGGAAUGUAAUCGUCGUAAGUUUAGUAAUUGCCAUAAAUUUAGUGUCUUUGUAGGCUGCUAAUGUUCUGUGUACGCGUUCUUCUUCUGGCUCAUUGAUACGAGACUUGUGGGAGUUUUUGCUUAUUUAAUUAAGUUUGGGAAGGAUAAACCAUGGGAUAUGAAGCAACAAGUUGGGUCUUACUCUCUCUGCCUUAGCAAAGCCACUGUAUUUUAACCAGAUUGAUACUGCUUAUAUGAUUUAGUGCAUGGUUGAUUUAUAAGUUGAUUGGUUUACUUUUUCUUCA